AUGGUAAACGUUCCAAUUCCAUGCUCCAAGGAUAAGAAAAAACAAAGAGAUGAGGUUAAUAAUGAAUUAGAAGAGUUUGCAGCUCGAUAUUGCAAUCGUUUUAUGAAGAAGUACCGCAAAAUUAGCAAAACGAAGAAUCCUGGUACGAAGAAGGCACAACAAGUUGCAAAUUUAUCUAAAUAUUUUCAACAUCAAAUCGUUUUUAUCGAGUAUUACCAGGCAUUUUUUGCCAAGCGGUAUAUUAAUGAGAUGUUGGCAAGUGAUAGUGACGAGGCUUUGAUUAUCUCUAAAAUAGAGAAAGCUUGUGGUCAUGGAUACACCAGAAAGUUACAGAUAAUGUUAAAGGAUGUUGCAGAAUCUAGAAAUUUAAAUGAAUCAUUUAAGAGCAAUCUUGCUAAGUCUUGUAACAUAGAUAUUGAUUUUAGCUUUAAGAUUAUACAGAUUCAAGCUUGGCCGUUAGAACAAUUAUCUAGCCUUGUAAUAUUACCUUGUGAGCUCGAGCGAUUGGUUAACAAAUUCACAAGUUUCUAUCUUUCUGAAUGGCCUACAAAAGCAGGACCUAGAUGCCUAAGGUGGCUUUACAAUCUGUCUAUAGGAGAAAUACAAGCAAAUUGUUUUUCUAAAAGUUUUAAUUUUAGAGCUUCUACAUUUCAAAUACUUGUAUUAAUGAAAUUCAAUACCGCAACCUCCUUUACUAUUCGACAAUUACACGAUGCAACUCAAAUAGACAUAGAUUUGUUAAAUCAAACCAUUAAAACAUUAUUAGAAACUGGAUUAUUGAUUAUUUCUGGUGAAAAAGAGGAGGCUAAACUUAAAUUAUCAACGAGAGUUGAACUUAAUAUUGGCUACAAUAAUCCACAACAGCAAGUUAAUAUUUACACAACCAUGAUAACUGAAAAUAAAGAAAGAACGUUAAGCAUAAGGUAUUACAGCACUGGCCACUUAUCGAUAAAGUAUUGA